AUAUGAUGACGUAAUACCAUUGUGUACGGAAAUUAUUGAAAGUCCGGAAUUUAAUUCAUUACCUUCAACUAAACUUGAAGUGUUAUUAUUACGAGCUACAUUUUAUAUACUUUUGGGCUAAUACGAUCCUGCAUUCCAAGACUUAGAAUAUAUACUGAACAUCGAAUAUUCAUCCGAUGAUGUAAAGAUAAAUGGUUUGUUAAAGAGAGCAAACUUACAUCUAGAGUUGAUGGAUCUAGAAAUGGCUUUCAUGAAUUUCGAAUUAGCCAUUAGUAUAAAUCCGCGUUACAGCGAUAUUUACUAUCACAGAGGACUGUUAUAUGUGCGCUUGGACAAACUAAGCAAAGCUAAGCACGAUUUUGAAAAGGUUCUUGAAUACAAUCCAAACUUUAGCAUGGCAUGUAUCCAAAAAUGCUAUACAAAUUAUUAUAUUGCGAUGUUAAAUAAAGAUGUAACAUUAGUUGAAGCGACAGUGAGAGGUUUCGAGAAAGUUUUCGAUAAAUAUAUAAACUUUCUUGAAUGUAUAUUUUGUUAUCAAUAUUAUCGUAAGAUGAUGUCCGAAACUCAACAGUACCAAAAAGCUGACAUUUAUUUUAUUAAAAUAAUAAAGAAACAUCCGGAGAAUACAUCUUUGUCUUUAGUUUAUCUACAGAGAGCCUUUUUGCAAUUUGAUUGGAGUGGUUAUUCUGAUAAAGCUGCGAAAUACCUUAAGAAAGCGAUAGAAUUGGAUGACAAAUGCUGUUCUGCAUAUGAAGCGUUAGGAAUUAUCGAAAUAAAAAGGUGAAACAUAGAAGAAGCGAUAAGAUUGUUUGACAAAGCUUUAGUAUACUGUCGUACAUUUAAGGAACUAAAUCUAUACUACUUGAGAGACGAUAUAAAAGUAGAACUUAAUGUCAAGAAUCAAUUCGAGGAUAAGUAUUCUGAUUUUUUUGGUCGUUAUUUUAGUUCACGGAUGUACGUUUUGUGAAGUACGGGAGAAGCCAUCAAAGGUUUAAUUAUGAUUUUAUGUUAAGAAAUCACUUUUGAACACGCUAUGUAUAUAUGUGUGUACACAUCUAUGCGCGUGCGCUCUCUCUUACUCAAAAUGUCUUAAAGAUUUAAGAGGGUAGAAAGAGGUGGAUGAAAGAGAGAGAAA